AUGGGCGAGGGCAGAAGCGACCGUUCCGGCAAAAGGCAAAGGUCCUCCACCCACGGCAUCGGCGAGUCCUCCUCGGACUCCGAGAUAGCGCGCGGCAAAGGGGGCAGAGGUAAAGCGCGCAAGAGCAAGGUCAAAGAGAGAUGGCCGUUCCUCGAGGGGCUGACGGUCGACGAAUUGGCUCGCUACCGGCGAAGACGCGUCCACGAUCGGCCGAAGGACAAUCUCCAGUCGCCUUACCGGGAACUGCCGCCGGUGCUCAUCCAGGAUCCAACGUCUGAGUAUCAGCGCGCCUUCGGUGUGACCGUCGAGGAACCGUCCGAGGGAAAUGUCUGGCCAAUAAAAGGUAGCGAGCCCGAGGAUCAUCCGGAAGGGGUCGUCGAGGAUGCGCAACUUUUGCGUCGCAUGGAUUACAGAGAGCGCGAAGAGAUCGAGGAUCCAUCCGCUGGGAAGGAGGCUGCUCCCCCUCAAGUGGUUCAUGGCCACGAGACGAUGGAGGCGAGAACGGACGCCCCGCAGUUUUCGAUCAGACGUCCGUCUCUUAUCAGGAGGGGCACCAGCUUGAAGUGCGGCGGCGACUUUUACACGGACACGGAAACGUACUCGGCGUAUGUGCCGUACGAGGGCCAGCAUCGGGCCGAGCUCGCGCGCCGACCCACGUCCCUGAGGAUGGAGGGCGAGCUGGACACCAUGACGGAGAAGUGCGAGAAGUUCAUCGAGUGGCUGAACGUCAGCCGACCGGAGCUGAUGCGUGUACCAACGCACUUGAAGAUGGAGGGAGAGCUGGAGACGGCGACGGAGAAUCACGACAAGUACAUCCCGUUCGUGGGCGCAAGAAGACCCGAGCUGCUCAGGCGAAGCACGAACCUCAAGCUCGAGGGGGACACGUACUUCGUGCCGGAGUACACCGAUGUGUUCAGGGACCACAGCGUCAAAGACAGACUGCGGCCGACGAAGCCUCAGACGCACUUGAAGGCCGGCGGAGAUUUCUUCCAAGCCACGGAGAGCACGGAGAAUUUCGUCCACCCUCUCGUCAAGCAGCGGACGCAGGCCGAGUUAGUUCGAGACAACGAGGAGGAGGAAGAGGAGGAGAAGGACAGACGAAUGAGAUCUCUCGAGCAAGAGGAGGACCGAAAGAAGGACGAAGAGAUGAAACUGCUGGUGUCGAAGCUGGAGGACCUCAAUGGCCGACCGCUCGAGGUCCCGGAAUAUCGCGACGCGUACAAGGAUUUCCCGCGCGAACGGCCACGAAUCUCGAAGCCGGACGACGAGAUAGGCCGCGCCGACGGCUCGAAGGUGUCCUCCCCGUCGCGCUCCAGGUUCGCCACGAAGAUCGACCAGGACCCGGAGUACAAGUCCAAGUAUCUGGAGUAUCCGCGGGACCGUCCGAUAUAUCGGAAACCACCGGCGAUGCUGCGGCCGACCGUGGCAGUCUCUCCCGCGCGCGGCUGCUUCUUCACCAGGGUCCAGCCGAUUCACCCGGAGUGCCGUGCGUUCGAGUACGAGCCCAUCAGCGAGGUGAGGUCGCAGUACGUCCCGUACGGACACGUGCCGCGGGUCGAGACGCUGAAGAUGCCAGCGAGUCUGCGGCCGGAGGGUAACAUCGACCUUCAGCCGGAAUACAGGAACGCCUAUUGCGCGCGAUACGAUCGUCAGGGUGGCGGCUUGGAGUCCAGAGCCUACGGCAAGGCCGAUCGCAGUCCGAACGUCUCGAGGAGGGGCGAGAAUUAUUGGCUGCACGACAACAACAACAACAACAACGAUUACCAGUGCGACCGGACACUCCUCGGCCAGGAUCAGGACGCGUUUCGGGUGCUGGACACGCGGAUCCUCGAGGACAACGUCACCGGGAAGCCACCGCCCGCUAGCAGAAGAAGUUCCCGACUCUCCCAGGCCACGGCGCCGAGAGUGACGCAGUCGACGGAGCUGGCGGAUCGCGUCCCGGCCACGAGGGUACGAUCCCCCAGUCCGACUUACCGGCUUCACGUGUACGACGUGGACAACGAACCGCGAGGCUUCGGUCAAUCGGCUCGACAGUCUUCCGGGAGGAUACGCAGCCCCUCGGCCGACCGUGCGAGUCGCAACGACGUCGCGAACAGGCCGUAUUCGCCCAGCUUCGGCCGGACGGACGCCAACAGGCAGGAUCGUCGGGUCGACGACCAACCAUUCGUCGUUUUGGAUCAAGCCUCGAAGACCGCCUCGGCCAGGAGACGCAACGUCGAUGCCGCGGUGCCGAUAUCUCGGGGCAGACCCAGAACGCCGACCAGGUGGAUGCCGCCCUGGUACGACAAUACGAAUACGAUUUAGAGCGGCGGGCAGUUGGACGAAGAGGCGCUCGAACUGGCUGAAAGUCCGAGUUCUGCAGAGGCCGCGCGCGACAUCCGGCGAUGAUGAGCGACUAAUGAACGAUAUUUGGCGUCUCGACGUCUAACGUGUAAUUCCUUAAUACUUAAACGACGUGUAGAUGUUGUCAGGAAAAUGCCAGAAAGUACAUGUGCGAAAGAUUCUCUCGUGUCAACCUCCGUAUAUAGGCGAAGAGUAGAAUUAACGGAAGAAAAGAAAAGAAUAAACACUGCCUGCUGUAACUUCGUGCGCAAUCAACUCGAGUGUCGACCGGUCGAUACUCGGGAUACGUUUGAACACACGUGUUGUAUCGUAGCGUGUAAAGGAUGCCGCCGGGCUUCGAUACGCUGUCGUAUGUUACCUGUGUAGCCGCAGUAGGUGAUAAAGUAAUA